UUACACCAUUACACAAAGACACGCACCUAUUCUAUUCUCCCAAAACUUUCUUUUAACAUCCAUUUUACCUCAAACAUUCAAGAAACCAGAACACUCUUAUAUAUCAAUCAAUCUCUCUCUCUCUCUCUCUCUCUCUCUCUCUCUCUCUCUCUCAUCACAAAUAUGGUAACAUCAAUCAAACCCCUUUCCAUGUAGUGGUAGUAGUACAAGACCAGUCUCUUCUAUUUUCUUCUUCAACAUUUCUUGCCCAAAGAAAGCUACCUGUCUUUGUUUGUGGGUGUGCUUGAUCUAGCAUCUGAUUAUCUGUUUCUUUCUUUUUAUGUACCAUGGACGUGUGUUACUGCUUUUGUGAUUAGCAAAGAAACCCUAGAAGUUGCAGGAAAGAGCAAAAAGAAACCCUAAAAAGAGAAACCGUAUCAGGAAAACCCUAGAUCAUAUCAGAUUCAAGAAAAUCCAUUUUUUUCUUUCUCUAAAAGAAUGGAUCUUUACCCUGAAGUGGAAAGCUGCAACAACUCAGAUAACAGUCAUCACGCCAUAAGCAGUUUGGUCACCGCAGCAGCUGCCUCUUCACCAUCAACCACCUCCGCUCCAAGCCGCUACGAGAACCAGAAGCGUCGAGACUGGAACACGUUCGGUCAGUACUUGAAAAAUCACCGUCCGCCGCUUUCACUCUCCCGGUGCAGCGGCGCCCAUGUUCUUGAAUUCCUCCGCUACCUCGACCAGUUUGGAAAGACUAAAGUCCAUACACCGAUAUGCCCGUUUUACGGGCAUCCAGACCCUCCUGCCCCUUGCCCUUGCCCACUUCGGCAAGCAUGGGGCAGUUUGGAUGCAUUGAUUGGCCGACUUAGAGCAGCCUACGAGGAGAACGGGUGGCCUCCUGAGACGAAUCCUUUUGGGGCUCGAGCAGUGAGACUGUACCUGCGAGAGGUUCGUGAUUUGCAAUCAAAAGCAAGAGGGAUCAGUUACGAGAAAAAGAAACGAAAGAGAGGUCCAACACACGAACAUCAUCAGUUGCCAAGCUUUUCAACAUUCCAAGCUCUCCCUCUUCCACCAGGAGGUCACAUCUAAACUUCAAAAAGGGAAGGAAAAAACAGAACUAAUACACGUAUUAUAUUAUAUUAUAUUGGAUCUUGGUAUAAUCUCGAUUUAAAUUUCUUUGAUAUAGUGUUCCCGUGUGGGAUUAUCAAAGAUUACCUGCCUGUUGGUGCCCUUGGCCUAGUUUUACUUCUAUCCUUUUGGUGUAAUCUAGAAAUGAAUUGUAGCAAUGCAACUAUGAACAUGGCUUACGUUAAUGUGUAAUUUUAUUUAUGUAAGUGGUUGAUUAAUCUAAAUGCUUACAUGAUACCAGAA